UUCACUGCGCUCGGCGCUUACGGCGAGUGCGGCGGCGGCGGCGGCGGCGGCGGGCGGGAUCCUGGGAGGAUCCGCGGCGGGAGCAGCGCGCCUGGCCCGUCGAUGGCGGCCCGAGCAGGCCCUGUCGUGGCCGCCUGCGGGCCGUGCCGCUGUUAGGAGUGACAGACGGGCUGCGGCGUUCUCUUCUUCGCCCAUCCGCCUCGGCGGCCGGCGGCCCCUCCGCCGACAUGUCGCUGGCCAUGGAGGAGGAGGAGUACGCCCGGCUGGUGAUGGAGUCGGAACCCGAGUGGCUGCGGAGCGAGAUCAAGCGUCUCUUCCAGGAGCUGGGCGAGACCACCCGGGAGAAGAUCCAGGCGGCGGAGUACGGGCUGGCAGUGCUGGAGGAGAAGCAGCAGCUGAAGCAGCAGUAUGAGGAGCUGGAGCUGGAGUAUGAGACCAUCCGCACCGAGAUGGAGCAGCUGAAGGAGGCUUUUGGACAGGCCCAUACCAACCACAAGAAGGUAGCAGCAGAUGGAGAGAGCAGAGAGGAAACCUUGAUUCAAGAAUCAGCUACCAAAGAAGAAUACUACAUGAAGAAGGUUAUGGAGUUGCAGACAGAAUUGAAGCAGAUAAGAAAUGUCCUUGCCAACACACAGUCUGAAAACGAACGCCUUAAUUCUGUUGCCCAGGAACUGAAGGAGGUUAACCAGAAUGUGGAGAUUCAAAGGACUCGCCUGCGGGAUGAUAUUAAGGAAUAUAAAUUCCGAGAAGCACGUUUGUUGCAAGACUAUACUGAACUUGAAGAGGAAAACAUCUGUCUCCAGAAACAAGUGUCUGUCCUGAAGCAAAGUCAGGUGGAGUUUGAAGGCUUGAAACAUGAAAUCAAAAGGCUGGAAGAGGAAACUGAGUUUCUGAAUAGCCAGCUGGAAGAUGCCAUCCGGCUGAAGGAGAUCUCAGAGCGCCAGCUUGAGGAGGCCUUGGAGACACUGAAGACAGAGCGGGAGCAGAAGAACAACCUUCGGAAGGAGCUGUCUCACUACAUGAACAUCAACGAUUCCAUGUACAACAGCCACUUAAACAUCUCUUUGGAUGGGCUGAAGUUCAGCGAUGAAGCCACAGAGCCCAAUAACGAUGAAAUCAUGAAUGGAUUUGAACAAAACUGCCUCAGCAAACUCAGCAAUGGCAAGAACAGUACUUCAACACCCAAGAAAAAUGAAAGUUUCCCUCCAGCCCCAAGUCUGGUUUCGGAUCUUCUGAGUGAGUUAAACAUUUCUGAAAUCCAGAAGUUGAAACAGCAGCUUGUGCAGAUGGAAAGAGAAAAGGUUAACUUGUUAACGACACUGCAGGAAUCUCAGAAGCAGCUGGAAAAUACACGGGGGGCCCUCUCAGAGCAGCAUGAGAAAAUUGGCAGGCUCACUGAAAAUCUGAAUGCCAUGAAGAAACUGCAGGCCAGUAAGGAGCGUCAGUCUGCCCUUGACAACGAGAAGGACCGAGAUAGCCAUGAAGAUGGAGACUAUUAUGAGGUUGACAUCAAUGGGCCAGAGAUCCUGGAGUGCAAGUACAAAGUGGCUGUGGCAGAGAUUACUGACCUGAAAGAAGAGCUCAAAAAUUUGAAGGCAAAAUACAAAGAAUGUGAGUCUAAGUAUGAGGAAGAGAAGAGUAGAUAUGAGACUGAGAGCCAAGCUCUCACUGAAAAGAUCACCUCACUGGAAAAGUCCAGUAGGCAUGAUAGAGAGCAGAUGGGCAGGCUGGAGAAGGAGCUGAAGAAAGUCAGUGAUGUUGCUGGAGAAACACAGGGCAGCCUCAGCGUGGCCCAAGAUGAGCUAGUCACCUUCAGUGAAGAACUGGCCAAUUUAUACCACCAUGUGUGCAUGUGCAACAAUGAAACUCCAAACAGAGUGAUGCUGGACUACUACAAGGAAGGUAAAGGUGGGCGCAGUAGUCCAGAGGCCAAGGGAAGAAGGUCUCCCAUUCUUCUCUCUAAAGGGCUGUUAACUAUUGAGCUGGGAAAGACAGAGAAUGGAAGUGGUGACAGCAGCCCAUCCCCAGUGUCAUCUCUGCCAUCUCCUGUGUCAGAUCCUCGGAGGGAGCCAAUGAACAUUUACAACUUGAUUGCUAUAAUUCGGGAUCAGAUCAAACACCUGCAGGCUGCUGUGGACAGAACAACCGAGCUGUCCAGGCAACGCGUUGCCACUCAAGAACUCGGGCCAGUGGUGGACAAAGACAAGGAAGCUCUCAUGGAAGAAAUCCUGAAGCUGAAGUCCUUGCUGAGUACCAAGAGGGAACAGAUAGCAACUCUGAGAACUGUGUUGAAAGCAAACAAACAGACUGCAGAAGUGGCCCUUGCCAACUUAAAAAGCAAGUAUGAGAAUGAGAAAGCGAUGGUUACGGAGACCAUGAUGAAGCUGCGCAAUGAGCUGAAGGCUUUGAAAGAAGACGCUGCCACUUUCUCUUCCCUGAGAGCUAUGUUUGCUACAAGAUGUGAUGAAUAUGUCACACAGCUGGAUGAAAUGCAGCGGCAACUUGCAGCAGCCGAGGAUGAGAAGAAGACUCUGAACUCCUUGCUUCGGAUGGCUAUCCAACAGAAACUGGCCUUGACCCAGCGCCUGGAACAUUUGGAACUGGACCACGAGCAGUCCAAAAGGGUGCGCACAAAGUCUGCCUCCAAAGCCAAGGGCAGUAACCCCAGUGUAAGUCAUGUUCGGUCCUGUGCAGACAGGUCUGACGGGUCUGUACUGAACAACCAGGUGUUCUGUAGUGAGAAAUAUAAAAUCUAUUGUGACUAGGACACAUGUCUAGAAAAACCAUAUUCUGCAUCUUAUUUUAUGCUGUAACUGUCAGCGUAAAUCCCCACUAUCUAACGUCACAGUGAGUUGACUCGUACUAGUAUGUUGUUGAACCAGGUAAUACAGAUUGUAUUACAAUGAUCUAAACUGUAACUAAUGCGUAAGUAUGGGGAUGCUAUUUUAACAAGUUAAUAGUGGAAAGCAAUUAGCUUUUUCCACAAUUAACAUGUCUGGUGUUUGCUGUUUAUGGUAAGUGUUAAGAGUACACCUGAUAGAGUACGUAUCUGGUGUUACUUACUGUAGUUUGUAUAGCACAAAUGUGAUCCUUUCUCCAGGAUUGCAGCAUACUUCAAUAAAUGCUUUCGUAGGCAGAAACAAACAGAAAACCUUCCUUGUUACUGUAGCUUAAGUGGUGAAAAGCAAAGGUUAAAAUUAGAGCUAUGUCUUGGGAAUGCAGAGCAUUUGAAAACUGGUGUAAAACUUAAUUUGCCUGUUGUAGCGGAUGUUAAAUACUUGCUGUUGUAUCACCACUAACCAAAGUCCUAAAGCUUUUAUAGGCUAUAAAAGCUAGAAGAAAACUUGGUACAUUAUCUACACUCUGCAUCCCUCUCUUCAGAGGGAUAAUCAGAAGAAACUUGCACAUUUAUAUUAAAAAUAUGCAAUAUUAACUCCAUCUGAUAGAAAAUUUAAAAUGUUAAGAAUUGGGAUUCUACCUGGUACAGUUCCUCUUUAAGAAGUUAUAUCCUGAAAGGAUCUAUGUGGUCUUAUGUUGUUCCUUGCAAGCAUAACACUUUGGAAAGAACCUGUCUGAGAUGUCCUGUACAGGAAAGAACCUGUAGCCACACAAUAUGUAUGUGUAGAAUUAAUGCAACUAUGGUCUAGCAUUGUUGGUCACAAACAGUUUUUCUCAGCUCUCAGUAUUAACCUAAAUAGGUAGCAUUUCAGAGCUCUGAUAAUUUUUUUAAGUAAAUGGAAGAUACUGCAUUCCAUAUGCAAGCCAUGUGUUUCACAGGGCUCUACAUUAGAGGCACAGGAAAUUGAUCCAGAUCAUCCUGCUAAUAAUGAUUUAUGAAGUAGCUUAGUGCACAUACUAAUCUUUAAAAACAAAUAAACCUUUGUCUGAUACUGGACUUUUAAGGGGCCUUUAUACCCACUUAAUUACAAUAAGUUGAUAGUAUAAAAGUGUACUUCCUAAUUGGUGCCUACAUAAGAGAAAAAGAUUGAAAAUGUUGCUUCUAAAAUUGUGGAAAAUUUGUGGAGCACUGAGAGGCACAGUUCUUUGUUUAACCCGGAGUUUGAAGUGCCUAGCCUCAGACUUUAUUUUAAUGUAAAUCCCUGUUUGUUUUGUACUCUUUGAAAUACUUUUUUAUGCCUGUAGUGUUACUAAAAGAAACGUGAGCCUGUGCCGGUGCGGUGGUUCCCAAAGCCAUUCUAACCUGUGCUGUGGUUGUGCUGCCCUGCCCUCCCUGUGGAUGCUCACAGCUCGCUCUGUGGGCACGCAGGAGAUGCCCCAGUGCUAACAGAAGCUGAUAAGAGCAUGGCUGGUUUUCCCACUGAGGGGAAACCAUGGGAGAUUUUGGCUUCCCAGAUAUUUUUAGGUAUGUUGAGGGGAAGUCUUCUAAAUUAAUACAGUGAGAUUUUAAGCAAAUGAAACUUUGCUACGAAGCUGGGAAAUGCUGCAGCCCAGAGACAGAAUUGCAUUUAUUGAUCUUGAGAGGAAGGAAAAAAACCUCAAGUGAUUAAAUUCUAAUACAUUUCCAAAACAAGACCGCUUGGGGUUUAAACAAAUUUCAAUUCUGGUUUUAGAAACUAGGCCCUGUGUGUCUGCUAUUACUUCUUUUAGAAAAUACUGAAUUCUCCUGAAUUUGAGCUUUAAUAUUGCUAAGUAGCAGGCUUGAUAUUUUAGAAGAGACACCUUUUAUAAUUUUCAAUCCUGCUUUUCUCUUUGCUGCACAAUCUUCCAAAAGGCCUUUAUUUUUCUCAUUCCUACAUUAAGUACAAUUUAAAAAUACAUGGUGAAAGCAGACUUUGAGUGCUAACUUUCUCUGCUGUAAAAGACUCAGUAACAGUUCUGCUUCCACCAUAAUAGGGAGCUUUAACACAGUUUUCACUGCUUCCACAUCUCUAGUGACAGUACUUUUGCGAAAUACUGAUGGCAAAAAGGUAAACUGGAGAAACUAAUUGAAUGCACUGUUAGUUUGUUUUUUUUAAAUUAGUUGGAAUUUUCUGUAACAAUUCUGGUGUUCUGGUGUUCAAUAGUCACCAGACAGUGACUAUUGCUUUCAGGCUUGGCUCAUUCUUUCAGUUCCAAGUAUGAGCAAUUUUGCUAUUAGCCCAAUAGCCUUAGUGAUCACUUCCAUCUUCAGUCAUUCCUGCAAAUAUUUAAAAAACCCUAAGAGUCAGCCUGACUGCUGUGUUAGUCUAUCACCAUUAUGGUUUAUCCUGUCAGAAAAAGAACUUAGGAAUCGUGUAAAGUGACUUGAUCCUGACGUUUGUAUUUUUAGGUAAUAUUUAAGACUGAGUCUUUUAAUUCUUGAUUAACAAUUUCUUGAGGUGUUCAUUUGCUACUGUAAGUCUUUCAUAUCAGUCUCAAUGGGUUGGGGUAAAGCAUGGAAAAUUCCUUAAGCCAUCACCUACCUCUGGAAGCAGGCUUUUCUGAAUGAUUCUCUGUAUAGGCCUGCAUGAUAUACUGACCUGCAUGUUUCUGGAGAACCUAAAGCUUCACUGAAAACAUUUCUUGCACUCUCACUGCUUUUAACUUAUGCUUGAAGAGCAAAGCUUUAUUCAGUACUUGUAAGAAUCCUUCUUUCUGCAAAGCUGUUGCUUCCAGGCUGAGCCCACAAAGGCUUUUUCACCCAGUGGGAAGGCAAAUGUGAGCUGGAGUGGCUGCUGUUCCCCCAGCCAGCUAACAGACCCUCAGCCAACUAACCUGCCUGUGCAGCACAUGGAUGGGGUUAAGUUUUCAGUUGAUUGAGAAAUAAACACUGAUUUAUUUUUUUUCCUAAUGCUAUUUUAUUUUUCCAUU